GGACAGUGUUACACAAAAGCUUUGUGUGGCCACAAAUCUUUUUCCAUCUCUCAGAGCCUGCAACUUUCAAUCAAACAAUGGCUUCCAACAUCAAUCUCCCUAGCUUUCAGGGUCCUCUUCUAAAAUCCAAUUUCCUUGGUAGAAAUGACCUCUAUAAUCUUGCCCCUAGGCCUUGUUUCACAGUUCAAAGAAGGCCAUCCCCUCAUCACCUAAGAACAUAUGCCAAGUUUAAUCUUUUCGAAAUCUUGGGAGGCAGAGGACUUCUAAAUGGUGAGCGAGGCGUCGAGAAAGAGCUUACAAGAAAUGUCGAAGAAGAAGCAGCAGCAGCAGCUGUUGGUGAUGAGACAGAGAAAACAGAGGGAGAAGAAGAAUCAGAAGGCUCGGCAGUUGCUGGCAUUGACAGUGCUCAAGAAGCUGCUUUUGAAAAGGAGUUGAUGGGGCUUACUGGAGGAUUUCCUGGUGGUGAAACAGGGUUGAGAAAGUUCAUUGAGAAAAACCCACCUCCCAAGAAACCCCCAGCUGCAAAAUCUGGAACAACAGCAGCGAUUAUGAACUCAAAGAAGCCGAAAGCACCUGAAUUGCCAUUGUUACUACCUGGUAUGAUCGCCAUUGUUAGCAAUCCAAAUAGCCCGUAUCACAUGUACUGUGGCAUUGUUCAGAGAAUCACCGAUGGAAAAGCUGGGGUUCUUUUCGAGGGAGGGAACUGGGAUCGGUUAAUCACUUUUCGACUGGAAGAGUUAACUCGCAGAGAGAAAGGACCUCCAGGGAAGAAUCCCAGAUCCGCGAUUCUUGAACCUCUGCUUCAAAGGGAUUCUGAAUGAGUCAU